AUGCAGGAAUUGUUUUCCCGUUUCAAAUCUGGCGACACUAGCCUGGAAGAGAAGCCAGGGAGAGGCCGACCCUCGGAUUUCGAUGACAAGCCAAAUUUGGCAACCGUGGAAGGGGACGAAAGCUUGACAACUCGAAGGCUGGCCGACAACUUCAAUGUGGGCCAUUCAACCAUCCUCCGUCGUCUCAAAAAUCUUGGAAAGAUAUGGAAAUUGGCCGAAUGGGUCCCCUACGAAUUCAGCGACAACAAUAAAGCCGAACGUGUUCAAAUUUGUACCGAUUUGCUUCAACGAAACGAGCGGGGUUUGUUUCUGAAGGAUACAAUCACUGCGGAUGAAUCAUGGCUACUCUUCAGAAAUCUCAAAAGGAAGAAGGUUUGCGUUUCUCCAGGAAUUUCACCAAAAGGAAUAAUGAAGGAUAUGCACUGUAAGAAGGCAAUGCGGCGCGUUUGGUGGGCCAGAAGCGGAAUCACUCAUUGGGAAAUCCUCUUUAAUGGGAUUUGUUAUUGA